AUGGCCGUAAAGGGGACCUGGACCUCCAUCGUCCGCCUCAUCGUUCUUCCCUGCCGCCGCCCCCAAAACCCUAACCCUAGCCUCCUUGGCCCUGGCCCUAGCUGUGCUCCACCCUUCUGCCUCCAAUGGAGACGUUCCGUAUGGUCGAUGAAGAAGGACCCCGCGCUGGAGAAGGCGCUCUCCCGCAACCGCCGCUGGAUCGUGAACAACCAGAUCAAGAACGUCCUGCUCCGGAGCCCUGGCCGUGUCGCCACAGUGCAGUCCCUCCAGAAGAGAUUCAAGACGCUCGAUCUACAGGGGCGGGCGCUCAACUGGCUCCACAAGUAUCCCUGCUGCUUUGAGACCUUCGUCGAUCCCGCCGGGAGCGGGGAGACGCUCUACGGUUUCUCCAAGCGCAUGGCCGCCCUCGUCGACGAGGAGGAGGUCACCAGAGAGGCGGCGGAGAUGGACAUGGCGCGGCGGCUCGCGAAGGUCCUGAUGCUCGUCCGCGAUCACCGGCUGAACGUGGUCAAGCUCAACGAGCUGAAGCGGAGCUUCGGACUGCCGGACGACUACGUCUUGAGGAUCGUUCUCAAGUACUCGGACGUCUUCCGGAUCGUGAAUGGAAGCGGGAGGAGGAACUCGAUGGAGAUCGAGCUCCUCCGGUGGGACGCCGAUCUGGCGGUCUCCGCCGUGGAGGCCAUGGCCGCGGAGCGGAAGACCCCGCCCCUCUUCCUCUGCUCGCUGCCGUCGACCUGGAUCAAAUCUCGAGCGAGUUUCGACGCCUUCAACGAAGGUACGCCCUACGCAUCGCCCUACUCGGCGGAGCAGAUGGAAUCGGAGAAGCGAGCUGUCGGAAUGGUCCACGAGCUGCUAUCCCUUACCCUGUGGAAGAAGCUGUCGAUCGUCAAGUUGGGGCACUUCAGGAGGGAGUUCUCCCUGCCGGAGAGGCUGGGGAGCCUGCUUCUCCGGCAUCCCUGCAUCUUCUACGUCUCCAACCGGUACAAGAUCUACACCGCGCUCCUCAGGGAAGGAUACGACGGAUCGGAGCUCGUGGACAAGCAUCCCCUGGUGGUCGCCAAGGAGAAGCUGGGGGAGCUGAUGCAGGAAGGGCUGCACGAGUACAACAGGAGACGGCACCUGGCGAAUCUGGAGAAGAAGAGGAACAAGGGGGAUAUCGCCCCGCUGAGGGUGGGGAAGGGGACCUCACGAGACGGGGAGGAAACCGUGGAGCCCUCUAGGGUUUACCAGUCGGAAGAAAGACGGAGGUUCUACAAGGCUCUGUUCGAUGACCCCCCCUGA